GGGCGACGCCAUUUUGUAGCGGGGCGGGGCGUGGCAGGGCCGGGCCGAGUCGAGUUCUGACGCUGCCUUCGAGGCGCGGGCCCCGGCGCGACGGGAGCCUGAGGGUCCGAUGGUGGAUUCGGGCUUUGGGGAGUCCUCCGGGUCGGCGGAGAUGGGGCUGGAGAGAUGCCGCGUAGCUGGGGAAGUGUGUCUGGAAGAGAGCGUCUCGCUGCCGCCGUGCAGGAAGCCCACCCCGGGGCCUAACCUCGGCCCGUACACGUUGGCCCGAGGCUGGGCCGUGAGGAGGGGUCGGCCGCGCUAGCCUUGCCCUCGGCAGUCGCGGGUGCCCGAGCUCCAUGGAGCGCAUGGAAAGCUGUCCCCGACGCGGGAGAGUCCGCCCGGAGCACAGGGGGAGCGCCCCUCGGGUUGCCCGCCAGCCCCCGGGGGGGCCGUGGCGUCGGGGGACUGCCUGAGGGGGGCUCGGAGCCGGUUCCCCGCGGGGCCGAACACGGAGUGAGGACUGCCUCUGAAUCGCAGUCCAGAAAGAAGAAACAAUCGUGUUGAUUUAAGUUCAACAUUUGUCUCAAAGAUUAAGAACAAAGCCAUGCCAGUGCUUUCGGAAGACUCAGGAUUGCAUGAAACUUUGGCCCUUUUGACAUCUCAGCUAAGACCGGACUCAAAUCACAAAGAGGAAAUGGGAUUCCUUAGGGAUGUCUUCAGUGAGAAGAGUCUCAGCUACUUGAUGAAGAUCCAUGAAAAACUCCGUCAUUAUGAAAGGCAGAGUCCAACUCCUGUUUUACAUAGUGCAGCAGGAUUAGUUGAAGAUGUAAUAGAAGAAUUGCAGACUGCACCGGUGAAUAAUGAAGAAAAAGAGCUACUUCAGCUGUUGUCAACACCACAUCUCAGGGCAAUGCUUGUAGUACACGACACUGUAGCACAGAAGAACUUUGACCCAGUCCUUCCACCUCUACCUGACAACUUUGAUGAUGAUUUUGAUGAGGAAUCAGUGAAAAUUGUUCGGCUAGUGAAGAAUAAAGAACCCUUGGGAGCCACCAUCAGAAGAGAUGAGCACACAGGAGCUGUGAUUGUAGCAAGGAUCAUGAGAGGUGGCGCAGCUGAUCGCAGUGGUCUUGUCCAUGUUGGAGAUGAACUAAGAGAAGUCAAUGGUAUUACUGUGCUACACAAACGACCGGAAGAAAUAAGUCAGAUUUUGGCUCAGUCUCAGGGAUCAAUAACAUUAAAAAUAAUUCCAGCCAUCAAAGAAGAAGAUCGUCUAAAGGACAGCAAGGUGUUUAUGAGGGCACUUUUCUGCUAUAAUCCCAAAGAAGACAGAGCCAUUCCCUGCCAGGAGGCUGGGCUGCCUUUCAAGAGGCGACACGUCCUGGAAGUCGUGAGCCAAGAUGAUCCCACAUGGUGGCAAGCAAAGCGUGUUGGAGAUACCAACCUCAGGGCAGGCUUGAUCCCCUCAAAACAGUUCCAAGAAAGACGAUUGACUUACAGAAGAACCAUAGGCACUCUGCAGAAUCCCAGAACUGUGAAGAAACCAUUAUAUGAUCAGUCUUCUGAUAAAGAGGACUGUGACUGUGAAGGAUAUUUCAACGGGCAGUACAUAGCUGGAUUACGCAGGAGCUUUCGAUUAAGUCGUAAAGAGAAGGAGAACAAUGUGCCUGAAGGAAAGCAAGCGGAGCAGGGAGAUGCAGCAGAGUUCCUCACAUAUGAAGAAGUUACAAAAUACCAGCAGCAGCCUGGUGAACAGCAGAGGCUGGUGGUUUUGAUUGGUUGUUUGGGGGCCAAAUUAAGUGAGCUCAAGCAGAAGGUCGUGUCAGAGAACCCGCAGGAGUACGGUGUUGCCGUUCCACAUACAACCAGGUCAAAGAAAAGUCAUGAGAGAGAGGGAGUAGAAUACAAUUUUGUCUCUAAGCAAUCAUUUGAGACAGAUGUACAGCAAAACAAAUUUGUGGAACACGGAGAAUACAAAGAAAACCUGUAUGGUACAAGUCUUGAGGCAAUCCGGUCCGUGAUGGCCAAAAAGAAGGUUUGUUUGGUGGAUGUGGUACCUGAAGCAGUAAAACACUUGAGGACUCCUGAGUUCAAGCCUUACGUUAUCUUUGUGAAGCCUCUCAUUCCAGAAAAGAAAAAACAUACCCUAAAAUCUCCCAUGUCAGAAGAAAUCUCAUCCCCCCUUCAGGAUGAAGAACAGCAAGAAAUUAUUAAUUCAGCAGCAUUCAUUGAAGAGCAGUAUGGCCAUUUAAUUGACACUGUACUGGUGAAAGAAGAUCUCCAGAGUGCAUGUAACCAGCUGAAAACUGUGUUAGAGAAACUGAACAAGGAUUCUUUUUGGGUGCCAGUCAACUGGGUUAGGUCAUAGCUUGUUAUCAUCUGUUUAAGGGAAAGAUUGUAUAAAAACGUCUUGUAAAUAUAUAGAUUAGAAGAGGGAAAUAUGUCAAAUUCACUUCGAAACUGCUGGUCUACCUAGAAGGUAUUACAUAAAGACUGUGAGAAAAACUAAACAAAGACAGAAGCUGACACUGCCUUCCUGAAUUGAAAUCUUGAUUAGCAGCUGUCAUUUAGAAGUGAAUACUCAGACUAAACAGAUCAGUAAAAGAUCAGAAUGACUUUUAGACUGUAAAUAGUGCAUUUUGUACAGUAAAGUUUCACAGAGGGUGCCACACUUCCAAAGCAUUUCAGUAGUGCUAGGACACAACCAGCUGAAUUUUUCAUCCUUUGGCCAUAAAUGCUGUGGCUAGGGUUAAGCCAUCUGAACAAGGUAGGUUUCAGGUGGGAGGGAUGUCCUUUGGGUCAGUUACUCAAAAGUUCAACUGGGUGACAGGCCAGCAAAACGUGUUUCCCUUCACUGGGGAUCAUUACUUGCAAAUCCUUUCCAAUUAGGCACUAAAACUAGCCCAGUGAUGUAAGUUGUGUAGAUUUCAGUGGCUGAGGAUGGGGUUUUUAUGGUCCAUCCCACACUUCCCAAUGCUUCCAAGUUGUCUUGCACAGGCACGAGUCUGCUCAUCCAUAGCUUCUGCCCACUUUUCCCAGUCUCUUCCUACUGACACAGGACAAAUGUUAAACAACCUGUGAACACACCUGUGUGACUACCCAGCUCAUAAACCACAGACAUUUUUUAAUCUACAUUAAAAUAACUGUAUCUUUAAAGUAAGACUUUUAAGAAGCUUAUUUUCUACAAGGCUUCUUUGCAAAUGUCACCUGAUGGGAUACCACCUUGGCACCAACACAGUAGCUUCAGAAGGGUGCUAAGAGGAGGAGGCUGGAGUACCAAGUAGAUGAGCUACAGGGCAUCCUUCCAGCAUUUAUCAUUACCUUUGUUCCAAAUCGAGUAAAGGCUUCCAGAGCAUCUAACUGGUCACAUCAAGUCCCAACGAAGAAAUCUUACCUGCUACAGGACUCUGUAUAUAUUUCAGGAGACUUGAAUAUCCAGGAUUUUUAGAUGGGUGUUAAUAAGAAGAUGCAGCGAGAUGAUUCUGGAAACGCCUUGCUUUACAAUUAGUUGAAAAAAAAUGAUAUUGUACAGGUGCAUGUUAGCUGAAAAUAGUUGCUGUUUUCCAUUGCCUGCUGAGGUCUGAUCUUUCCUGUAUCCGGUGCCCUUUAACAGGACCUUUUGGUGCACCAGUCUCAUUCCUUGCAUCUCAACAGUGUGAUGUUAUUCUUGUUCCACUGCAUUUAGCAAAAUUAACAUCAUUGCAUAUUAAAAGCAUAUUUCUUUCA